AUGGAGAUUGUGAACAACGUGAUGUGCCUACUGACUGACCCAGAGGGGAUUCCCUUGGGACCAACCAUGUACCUUCCUCAAAACUCUGGUCCUCAGCAGCUUCAACAGAUCGUGAAUCAGCUUCUUAAUAAUGAGGAGAAGUUACCAUAUGCAUUUUAUAUAUCUGAUCAAGAGCUUCUUGUGCUGCUUGGAAUGUAUUUGGAGAAGCACAAAGUUUUCGUGGAGAAGGUACUCUCAAUAGUCUAUCAACCUCAAGCUAUUUUUCGGAUCCGCCCAGUUAAUCGUUGCUCAGCAACAAUUGCUGGUCAUACAGAACCUGUACUUUCAGUCGCAUUUAGUCCUGAUGGUCUACACUUGGCAAGCGGUUCAGGUGAUACUACUGUUCGCUUGUGGGAUUUGAAUACCCAGACUCCAUUGCAUACAUGUACAGGACAUCAGAAUUGGGUUCUCUGCAUUGCCUGGUCACCUGAUGGUAAGUAUCUAGUUAGUGGGAGCAAGGCUGGAGAACUUCAAUGUUGGGAUCCACAAACAGGAAAGCCAAAUGGCUACCCGUUAAAUGGACACAAAAAAUGGAUUACUGGUAUCUCUUGGGAACCAGUUCACCUGAGUGCUCCAUGUCGGCGAUUUGUAAGUGCUAGCAAAGAUGGUGAUGCACGUAUAUGGGACGUUGCUUUAAAGAAAUGUGUCAUGUGUCUAAGUGGUCACACUCUAGCAGUGACUUGUGUCAAAUGGGGUGGAGAUGGGAUGAUUUAUACAGGCUCGCAAGAUUGCACUAUCAAGGUCUGGGAAACAUCACAAGGAAAGCUAAUACGUGAAUUGAAGGGCCAUGGACACUGGGUUACCUCUCUUGCCUUAAGUACUGAAUAUGUUCUACGAACUGGAGGUUUUGAUCACACUAGUAAAAGAUAUUCAUCUCCAGAAGAAAUGAAGAAGGUUGCAUUGGAAAGGUACAACAAAAUGAAAGGCAAUGCUCCUGAAAGGUUGGUUUCUGGUUCUGAUGAUUUUACUAUGUUUUUAUGGGAACCUUUUGUCAGCAAGCACCCAAAAACUCGCAUGACAGGCCAUCAACAGCUUGUAAACCACGUUUGUUUUUCCCCUGAUGGGCAAUGGCUGGCAAGUGCAUCAUUUGAUAAAUCUGUCAAAUUAUGGAAUGGCAUUACUGGAACAUUUGUGGCUGCUUUUAGGGGACAUGUUGGCCCUUGUAAUGACCCCAAAUUCGUUGAGCGUUACAGCCCUGUUUACCAGAUCAGCUGGUCAGCUGAUAGUAGGCUUAUUCUAAGUGGCAGCAAAGACUCUACACUUAAGAUAUGGGAUAUCAGGACAAAGAAAUUGAAACAAGACCUUCCAGGCCAUGCAGAUGAGGUUUUUGCUGUUGAUUGGAGUCCGGAUGGUGAGAAAGUAGCUUCUGGUGGCAAGGAUAGAAUGCUGAAGUUAUGGAUGGGAUAA